CAUGUUAAGAAACGAUUGGGUGUUAUGCCUUCUUUCUAAAUGUGGAGGUUCAUGUCCUUCUUUUAUCUUUAUGUGGUUUGAAGCACAUUAUUUCUUGGCUUCAAAAUGUACAUCUUUUUCUUGAGAGAUGGAGAGAGAGAAGCCAAACCCCCCAAGAUUGCGGAAGGAGUGUGGAGCGUUGGGGUUAGAAGGUCACUUUCUUUUCAAUAAAAAAAUGUUGCUUUCUUCGUUUGUUUUUUCAAGUCCUUGGAGAACAAGAAGAAGAAGAAGAAAAUCUCAAGGCAAGCAUAUCCGAGCUUCAACCCAUGGCGACAAACACAGAUGCAUUCGAAACUUUAUAUCCAUGACGAUGACGACAUAUGCAGAUUCUGCAGGCCACGAUGAUGACCACCGGCGUAGAUUCGAUCCUACCAAACGACGACGGCGACAGAUAUGACUCUGAGUCGCACACACUGACCAGUACUGACCCAUACACGAGAAAGAUGGAGGUUGCGAAGGAGGGGCAAUUUUACGGUUCCAUGGAACCCAAAGCUCAAGGUAACCCCUCCAUGAAGAAACUCCUUCUCAUACUCAACUGCAUCCUAUUAUCCAUAGGCAACUGUGGCAGCCCACUGAUAAUACGUCUUUAUUUCAUCCAUGGCGGCAAGCGAGUGUGGCUCGAGAGCUGGCUUUUAACUGGUGGCUUUCCGAUCAUCCUCCUUCCCCUCGCGUUCGUAUACUUCCAACGCCGUGCCACCCAAGGGCCGGGAACUGAGCUCUUCUUCAUGAAGCCACCUCUGUUCCUUGCCGCCGUCUUUAUAGGAAUCUUCACCGGCUUGGACGACUACCUCUAUGCCUACGGAGUGUCACGCCUUCCUGUUUCGACCUCCUCUCUGAUCAUCGCCAGUCAGCUCGCUUUCACGGCGGGCUUCGCUUUCCUUCUGGUGAAGCAGAAGUUCACCUCGUACUCGAUCAACGCGGUGUUUUUGCUGACCUUUGGAGCAGCGGUCUUGGCUUUGCACACGAGUAAUGACCGUCCGGAGGGCGAAUCGAAUAAGGAGUAUCUUGCAGGGUUUUUCAUGACUCUGGGAGCGUCGGCGCUGUAUGGGUUUCUGCUGCCGUUGGUGGAGCUGACGUAUAAGAAAACGAGGCAGGAGAUGACGUAUUCGCUGGUGAUGGAGAUUCAGAUGGUGCUGUCUUUCUUUGCCACUCUUUUUUGCACAGUAGGGAUGCUGAUCAACAAAGACUUCCAGGCAAUACCGAGAGAAGCAAAGGCAUUCGGACUCGGGGAAACGAAGUACUAUGUGGUGAUGUUUUGGAAUGCAAUUAUUUCGCAGGCAUUCUUCUUGGGAGCAAUAGGAGUAAUCUUUUGUUCCUCGUCUUUACUCUCCGGUGUUAUAAUUGCCGUUCUACUCCCUGUGACAGAGAUCCUAGCAGUCAUUUUCUACAAAGAGAAAUUUCAAGCUGAAAAAGGAGUUGCUUUGGCACUCUCGCUUUGGGGAUUUGCUUCAUUCUUUUAUGGAGAGAUGAAACACAGCAAGAAAAAGAAGCAAACUCCAGAAGAAGAGAUGUCUCAACUUCCUGGUCCAUGAUUUCCCUCCACUCCCAAAAAACGAAGUUUGUAUCUAUCUUAAUUUUUCCUGUUGGGGGACAUUUAAUAUUAAAGUUUGAAUAUAAGCAAGGUUGUGGCCUGCUUAUUCAAAUCUCAUAAUUUCAUUUGCGAAAGCUGUAUAUAUAUUUGGCUUUCAUGCAGAAACCUUAAGAAGGCGACGUUCAAUAUGUCCUGUAUGUUUAUGUUUAUCUCUUCAGAAUAUAAGAAUAGUAGUCAAUGUACAUCGCAUAAGAAAUAUAAUUUAGUUUUUCAUAUUGCAUCCCUGUUCAAAUAGAUGAGUCUAAUUAA